GAAAAUCUGAAGCGACAGUUUUGUUCAGAAUUUGAUGCUGAGUUCAACCAUGUAAUUUUUAUUCGAAAAAAAUUGAGGCCACAAAACCCCUAUAUCCGCUUCCCUCCUUUGUAGGGCAUAAGGUCUUUUACGGCAUAGUAUUGUUGUUUUUAUUUAAGUAGCGCUAAGGAAAAUGCAACUACCUUUUUGUUUAUCAUAUUUUACAGCAGGUUUUUCAUAUCCAUACGUGUAUGCAGAUAGUAUGCAAAAUACUAUUGAAUUGUUAUUCACAGUGACAUGAUAUAGCCAGGAUUUUUGGAGUGGGGGGAAUCAAAUUUCCUUUUAUCGAUUUAAAAUCGAAAAAAUAGUCCUAUGGAAAAUCGUCGAUUUUCCGUAGGACUAUUUUUUAUCUUGGUGAAUUUUUUAGGAUUUAUUCUUGCUUAUCUUGACUUAUAUAUAACUAUGACUUUUACAAGAAGAAAGUCGAAAGAAAGAAAAGACAUGAUGAGCAAAACAAUUAAUUUGGUUCAUUCGUAAAAUUUAUUUUACGUUUGGAUUUAGCAAAUUCAUCAAUAACAUUUUCGAUAUUCAAUUCUUGAGCGACGUUUUUAUUAACACUGAUAACAGCUAAAUCACUCAGUCGGUGAUCACCUGUUCAAUUGCGAAGUUUCGUUUGAUUAGUUUCAAGCGCUCUGCACCAGCUACGGACACUGGAAUAAGUGCAUAAAGUUGAAGUAGAAUGUAAAUAUUUGGAUAAAUGAAUUUAACAGGUUGCAUAAUUUUUAAUGUUUCAUGGAUUGUACUUGGUCAUUCAUCUUCUUGCAUUUGCAGAACUGAAAAUUUCCAUGUGUCGAAUUCAGCCUUGCGAAUACUAGAAUGAUCAGUCUGUGAAUCAUUUUUGUAAUGAUUGAAUAAUGUUGAAACAUCGGAAAAUCAGGUAUUAACAAUAUAUGACGGGAUUAAAUUUGAGAUAUUCAUAGCAAUCCUUUGAUGUUCGGUAAACCUUCUUCCAAGUUCUUCAAUCGUCAUGUUGAUGAAUGUUUUGUAUACCUAGAAGACAAAAGGUUUUGUGUUAAUGGAACUGUUUAUAAACAUAUGUAAAAAUUCCUUACGUCUACAAAAUAAUCUUUGACUGUUUGAUAACGGCGACAUGCUGCUCGUGAUAAACGAUUAUCAAUCUCAUUAUGUUCAAUAAAUGUAGUAAAUUCAUUAUAAAGUUCAUGUAAUGGAUCAUCAUCAUAAAUUAAUUCAGCUAGAAUUAAUAUAUUGAGACUUGUUCUAUACUUUGAUAACAUUUAACAAGAUCACAUGUGGGCUUUUGAAACUGUUCAGCAUAUGGUUUAAUAAUACAAAAUACACGAUUAACAAUAAUAAGAGGUAUAGCAAAAUCAAUAUCAGUUAAUGCUUUUUCAUAACUUCGCGCAACACCACUUGUUUCAGAGUCACCAUUUUCAAUUAUUAUAAAAAAAUUAUUAAGUUUUGUUCCGUAGAACGACUUUUGUAAGAAAAACAGGUCAGGAGGUCGAUCCCCACAAUCCCCCGUGUGGCUACGUCACUGGUUAUUCAGCUUUAUACAUAUUUUGUUGGCGCAUUAAACUUUCCGUUGUGUAUAGUUUCGUUUCUAAUCGUCUACUGGAAGACGUUUUUCUUGUUAGCUCGGUCUGUCCAAUUAUUUUAAUGAUGUUCAUCUUUUUUGUAGGACUGUUGCAUGUGGGCGAUAUUAUAAAAGAAAUGAACGGUGAGGUUGUUCAUACGCCGGAAGACUUACAAGAUAAAUUGAGAAGCGCAAGAGGUGCUGUUACUUUUAAAGUUGUGCCAAGUGAUUAUGACUUACCGUCUCCGUCUCAGCUUUAUGUACGUGCACAUUUUGCGUAUGAUCCCCUUAAAGAUAAACUCAUACCGGCUAGAGAAGCAGGUUUACAGUUCGAUGAAGGGGAUAUAUUACAAAUAUUAAGUCAAGAAGAUGUGCACUGGUGGCAGGCCCGACAUGUUAAGGAUCCGAGUCAAAAAGGACUUAUACCAUCGCAAUAUCUCGAAGAACGGCGCAAAGCGUUUGUUCCACCUGAAAAUGACUUGUCAAAAACAUCACUUGUUUGUGGCCUGAUUGAUCGUCGUAAAAAGAAACGUUAUUUGUUCAAUGUUAAAGACAGUUCAAUAUUUGAUAAAGGUGACAUUCGCUUGUACCAAGAGGUGGCACGAAUGCCUCCAUUUCAGCGAAAAUGUCUCGUUUUAAUUGGAUGUCAUGGUGUAGGCCGACGUACAUUAAAAAGUAAAUUACUGAGUUUAGAUCCAGAGCGAUUUGGAACAACAAAACCACAUACUUCGAGACCGAAACGAGAUGAUGAGGGCGGGCAUAAUUAUAUAUUUACCAGUCGGGAUGAAAUGGAACAAGACAUGGAAAAUGGAGAGUAUUUAGAAUCGGGAGAAUAUAGUGAACAUUUGUAUGGAACAAAAUUUGAUACUGUUCGAAGUGUAAUUACAUCUGGAAAAAUGUGUAUUUUAGAUAUUGAACCAACGGCAUUGAAAUUAAUUAAUAACAAAGAAUUUAUGCCCUACGUUGUGUUUAUUAAAGCACCUAAUCUUGACUUCCUCAGAUAUAUGCAAAAUGAUAAACGACACACAAAAAUGAAAACAAAAAGUACUAUGAGAAACAAUUCGCUUAUGAAUCUCUCGUCCAGAGAUUUGGAACAAGUUGUACUUGAAAGUGAUGCCAUCGAACGUGAUUAUCAUGCUUACUUUGAUUUGACAAUUACUGCGGAUGAUAUGGAAAAAACAUUUGAACAACUUGUUCGAGCUGUUGAAGCGCUUAGUGCCGAACCACAAUGGGUUCCCGUCCAAUGGUUUUCUUAA